CUGACCACAGUUUUGUCUUCCAGAAUUGCAUAUAUAUAGACCUCAAUCCCCUUGCUUGUUUUUCACAAAACACACCUAGCUUUCUCUGUGUGUGUUUUUACAUAGCUACUUAUAGUUAUACCAUAAUGGCUAGCCCAAAAUCAUCACUAGCCAUAUUAUUGUGUUUGACAAUAAUUGCAGUUUUAAGUAGUUUUGUUGUACUUGAAGCUGAGGCUAGAGCUUUCUUUGUGUUUGGUGACUCGUUAGUCGAUAAUGGCAACAACAACUUCUUGGCAACCUCUGCACGAGCCGAUGCACCUCCUUAUGGGAUUGAUUAUCCCACUCAUCGUGCUACAGGCCGGUUCUCCAAUGGAUUUAAUAUUCCUGACCUUAUCAGUCAAGCCAUUGGUGAAGAAGCCACUUUGCCAUACUUGAGUCCAUAUCUUACAGGUGAAAGGUUACUUGUUGGUGCCAAUUUUGCUUCUGCUGGUGUUGGGGUACUUAAUGACACAGGAGUUCAGUUUGCUAACAUAAUAAGGAUCACACAGCAAAUGCAAUACUUUGAACAGUAUCAACAAAGGGUGAGUGACAUAAUUGGCCCUGAGGAGACUCAAAGGCUUGUGAAUCAAGCUUUGUGUCUUAUCACAUUGGGAGGCAAUGAUUUUGUAAACAACUACUAUCUAGUCCCAUUCUCAGCAAGAUCUAGACAGUUUGCUCUUCCAGAUUAUGUUGUCUACGUCAUCUCCGAAUACCGCAAAGUUUUAGCGAGGCUUUAUGAAUUGGGAUUAACAAGGGUUUUGGUCACCGGAACGGGACCAUUGGGAUGCGUGCCAGCUGAACUAGCCCAACGUAGCCGAGACGGUAACUGUGCACCCGAAUUGCAAAGAGCAGCAAGUUUGUUCAACCCACAACUCCAAGAUAUGAUUAACAGUCUAAAUAGUGAGAUCGGUAGCACUGUGUUUAUCGGUGCCAAUAUUCGACAAACAAACAUCGAUUUCAUAAACAACCCUGGAAGAUAUGGAUUUGUUACAUCAAAGAUCGCGUGUUGUGGACAAGGACCAUAUAAUGGAAUCGGGCUAUGCACAGCGUUGUCAAACGUGUGUCCCAAUAGAGACAUCUAUGCGUUUUGGGAUGCUUUCCAUCCAUCGGAGAGAGCAAACAGGAUCAUUGUGCAACAAAUUUUAUCGGGCUCAACCGAAUACAUGUCGCCGAUGAAUCUUAGCACCAUCAUGGCCUUGGAUGCUGCUGCUAAUGUGUGAUUGUCAAAUUUCUGCACCUUGCAUCUAUUUUGAAAUGAUAUAUUAUUUGUAUUUGUUAUUGCUUUUCACAGUGAUUUCAAGUGGUAGUUUUCUAUGCAAUUUGUUUGGAGAUUAUAGAUUGUAACUUCAAUAAUUUUAUGACACAUUGUAGCACCAUUAAAUGUUUGUAUCCUGAGGACAACCAAAUAAUAAUCAAACUGUCACAUAUAUUCUAAUA